CUUCUCUUAAUAUCAAACUAAUAACACUGUCCUAAUUAAGAAUUUAUAAUCAUUAUCUCCCACACGGAAAUAAAAAAAAAAAUUAGCCUGAAUUCUCCAUCGAUUUGAAGCCUGAGAUCCAGUUUUAAUCCCACUUGUUAUAUAUAUAAAAUCAUUGCAUAUUAAUGUCAAUUUCUGAAGCUGAAAGAAAAUUAUUAUGAUGAAGUCACCUCUUUUUUUCUGACAGUCUCUCAAUUUUUUUCAUUAAAGAAAAUCUCUGCCCGAGCGAUAGUGGACUAUACCCCACUGCUUCCACCCACCCAGUGAACAAAAUUGGACCCAGACGAAUAAAAUCGGGUUUUUCUCCUUCACACUCAUCGGUUUGACCUUUUGAGAGCAUAAUUUUCUCGAGUUUUUGGUUCUUUUGGGAUUUCUGAGGAAAUGGGAAGUUCCAGAAGAUCGAAAGCUGGAAUCUUUCUAGGGUUUCUGCUACUGAACCUGAUCCAAUUGGUGUUGGGUCGGUUCGUGGUGGAGAAGAACAGUUUGAAAGUUACGUCGCCGGAUUCAAUCAAGGGUACUUAUGACAGUGCUAUUGGCAAUUUCGGGAUUCCUCAAUAUGGAGGUAGCAUGGCCGGAGCGGUGGUGUACCCGAAGGAGAAUCAAAAGGGUUGUAAAAGCUUCAGUGAUUUCGGAAUCAACUACAAGCCCAAGCCCGGAGCUAUGCCAAAUUUUCUCCUAGUUGAUCGAGGAGAUUGCUUUUUUGCUUUGAAGGUUUGGAAUGCCCAAAAUGCUGGUGCUUCUGCAGUACUAGUUGCCGACAAUCUUGAUGAAGCUCUGAUAACCAUGGAUACACCUGAAGAGGAUGUUUCUUCUGCAGCUUACCUUCAGAAUAUAACAAUACCAUCUGCAUUAAUUGAGAAAAGUUUUGCUGAAAAGUUGAGGAAGGCAAUAAGUGGAGGUGACAUGGUAAAUGUAAACCUUGAUUGGAGAGAAGCUGUUCCCCACCCAGAUGACCGUGUGGAGUAUGAGCUGUGGACCAACAGUAAUGAUGAAUGUGGGUUUAAAUGUGACAUGCUUAUGAAUUUCGUGAAAGACUUUAAAGGUGCUGCACAGAUUCUCGAGAAAGGAGGCUACACUCAGUUUACCCCUCAUUACAUAACUUGGUACUGUCCUACGGCAUUUACUGUAAGUAAGCAGUGCAAGUCUCAAUGUAUCAACCAUGGAAGAUACUGCGCUCCUGAUCCAGAACAAGAUUUCACUUCCGGUUAUGAGGGUAAAGAUGUUGUAAUUGAAAAUUUGAGGCAGUUGUGUGUUUUUAAGGUGGCCAAUGAGACCAAGAAGCCUUGGGUUUGGUGGGAUUAUGUCACUGACUUCCAAAUUAGAUGCCCCAUGAAAGAAAAGAAAUACAACAAGGACUGUGCCGACCAAGUUAUCAAGUCUCUUGGACUUGAUUUGAAAAGUAUUGAAAAAUGUAUGGGAGACCCAAAUGCUGAUUCCGAUAAUCCUGUAUUGAAAGAAGAACAAGAUGCCCAAGUUGGGAAAGGAUCAAGAGGUGACGUGACCAUAUUGCCUACUGUUGUUGUUAACAACAGGCAAUACCGAGGCAAGCUGGAGAAGGGUGCUGUAUUAAAGGCUCUUUGUGCUGGUUUUGAGGAAACUACCGAACCAUCUGUUUGUUUGAGUACUGACGUGGAAACAAAUGAGUGUUUAGAUAAUAAUGGUGGAUGCUGGCGAGACAAAGCAGCUAAUCUCACAGCUUGCAAGGAUACAUUCCGUGGGAGAGUUUGUGAAUGCCCUGUGGUAAAUGGUGUGCAGUUUAAGGGGGAUGGUUACAGCUCAUGUGUUGCAAGUGGGCCUGGUCGAUGCAAAAUAAAUAAUGGUGGCUGUUGGCAGGACACUCGAGAUGGGCGCUCUUUUUCUGCUUGUCUGGAUAAUGAAGAAGGAAAGUGCUCAUGUCCUCCAGGCUUUAAGGGCGACGGUGUGAAAAGUUGUGAAGAUAUUGAUGAAUGCAAAGAAAAGAAAGCCUGUCAGUGUCCUGAAUGCAGCUGCAAGAACACAUGGGGCAGCUACGAGUGUACUUGUAGUGGGGACUUAUUGUACAUAAGGGACCAUGACACAUGCAUAAGCAAGCGGGCUACUGAGGUGAAGUCUGCUUGGGCAGCUGUUUGGGUUAUCUUGAUUGGACUUGGCAUGGCAGGUGCUGGAGCAUACCUGGUUUACAAGUACAGAUUGAGGUCAUAUAUGGACUCAGAGAUACGGGCUAUCAUGGCGCAGUACAUGCCUUUGGACAGCCAAAAUGAAGUUCCACAUCAUGCUAACGAUGAACAUGCUUAAAAGUGAGCACUCUCAAGUGCAUGGUGAAAUUUUGGUUGAUGCAGCGGAUUGGAGUUUUAUUUCAACCAAGAUUUUGAACGUAAAGGUCUGAAUUUAUGUAAAUUAUAUUGGAGAAUAAUUAUUAGAAGACAAGAAUCAUCACAGGCCAGCUACGAAUACAAGAUGCUGCAGUAGGCAUUGGUUUGGUACGUAGAUGAAGUGAAGUGGCAAACUCCGUCCGUGGUAUCUUAGGUCACCUUCACAUAAUUAGCUGAGGAAUAUCAUUUGUGCUCAUCUUCUUCCUCCUCUUUUUUUUUUUUUAAAUUUAUUUUUUCCUUCCUUUUUCUUUUUCUUUUUCUUGUUCUGUUGUGACCUCCAGCAUGUCUUUCAUAAUGCAAGGAGAGUUGAACAUGUACAAGGGAUCAUGUUGUUGCGUAGUAUAAACUUCAAGGUGAUUUGACAAGGUUAAGAAUGAAGGUUUUGCUGCCAAAAUUUAUUUAUUCUGCUUUUAUAUUUUCCACUGAUACCUUUUUUCUGUAAGUAGAAUCGAUCUUUAUGGUUUGGACAUCUUGCAUUAUUUGUUAAUUUUUUGGUUUUGGCCUUUGUCUAUGUAUAUUGAAGUCAAUUUUAAAGGUACUGUAUUUGGCAUUAUUUGGACACAUUUCCAUAUUUGUGUCAAAGAGAGUCUACAGAUGUGAGGACGUAAGUUUGAAGAUUUUUUUAUGAGCAGCUGGAGAGAUGAACCAGCAUUUGCGUAUCGUUUUAAUAGAAAAUUUUUAUGGGGUG